CAAGUUCAAAGAUGCAACGAAGAACAGCGGAGGGACAGUCGGAAUCCAAAUCCCUUCUCUAAUGGAGUUCAAGAAUUCAAGGAGCAGCAGCACCUGCGAUGCUAAACUAGAGAUCCGUCGGUUGCCUCUCAGUAUCGAUCUCAACGAGAUCCCUUCGUCUUCCUCGCUUGAAUCCCCUUCACAUGUUCUUGAUGCCUACGCUGUCGUUCGCAGCGUUCAUGACAACCCAACCCCUGCUUCUGGUGCUGCGGCAGAGUUGCCUGGAGAGGUCCGUGGUGGCUCGGCUUGCAGUGCAUGCGGGCGCCCUGAAGUUAGGGGUAGCGUCGCGGUUUGCGAUGGGUGUGAGCGCGGCUUUCACCUGAGCUGCGCCGGGAUGCGAGGACGCCAGGCUAUCAUGCUCGCGGAAUGGAUGUGUAGUGAUUGUGUGAGGAAAGGAGCUGGGAGUAAGCGCUGGCCUUUGGGAGUGGUUCGCUCGGGCUUCAAGCGGAGUGGUGUUAUGCUUUUGGAUAUCAAUGCGUCACCACCGAGUGAUGGGGAGGGCGAGGGAAGCGACGAUUUACACAAUUCCAGAAUGCAAACUCUGGAUGAAAGUUCUUUCACUGGCAUCCCAUGUAUUGCCCAAACGACAAAUUCAAAUUCAUGGCCCAUGGAAAAUGGAUUUGAUAAACAAAAGGAAUCUGGUGCAGUCACGCAUACAGUCAACUCAAGUCCCAAAGAUGUAGUGUACCACAGUGUGAAUAUGAGUAGAAGUUGGGAGGAGGUUGAUUUGAACUGCAGCCUUAAGGGGAUACUUGGGAGUAAUAAUAAUACAGCAGUUACAGUAUCUCAUCAGAAUCCAAGCGAAAUGUUCUUACAGGCAUUGAGAGAUUAUAUUUUUGAAAGGCAAGGUGUAUUGGCAGAAGGUUGGCAUGUAGAAUUUAAUCCACGGGCAGGGAGAUGUGAUGCCGUUGAAGUCUAUUGUUCUCCAGACGGUAAAAGGUUUGAAUCAAUGGCAGAUGUUGCAUGUCAUCUUGGCCUGCUAUCCAACCGCAAUUCAAUUGACACAGAGGAUAGAAGUGAUGGUUAUGCUACAGUGCAGAAAGGGUUGUAUAAUCGCAGAAGGAGAAAAGAAUCGGCCAGACUUUCACGAACCAGUAGUUUCACAGAAAAUCAAGAACCCUUAAAGAGCAGUUAUGGUAGGGAGCCUUCUUCAGAUGUUGAGGUCAUGGAGACUCCGUCUUGCAUCUUAGGAAAUGGUGUGAGAGUUACAGAGGCUGUACCAGAGGGAAAUGGUGUUAAUGGGGUUAAGCAUCCUAAGGAUGGACUUCCAAUCCAGUGUGGAGAUUUCUUUGUAGUCAGUUUGGGGGAGGUUGAUGGUCGACCAUCAUAUCAUGACACUAGCCAGAUCUGGCCUGUUGGUUAUCAAUCCUGUUGGCAUGAUAAGAUUACAGGAUCUCUUUUUACUUGUGAAGUGUUGGAUGGUGAUAAUUCUGGACCUCUUUUCAAGGUUACAAGACGUCCAUGCUCUGAGGUGCAUAUUCCUAUUGGGUCGACUAUCCUCUCGAGGCCAAAUCUUGGCAGGUCUAAUUCUAACUACGAAGUAGAAAGUGAUGAUCCCACUACCUUUGAUAUGUCAUAUGACAAUGAUGACAAUAUUCAGUUGAUUCUAUCGGAUCCUUGCCCUCCACUUCCGGAACAUGUCUUUUUAUCAUCUUUUGGAAGUUGUCUGAGUGAAACUUCUGAUUUUCAAACAAUGGGUAGUUUGACGUUCCUAUUCAGUUGCCUUCCAGAAAAACCUGGUGAAUGCUUACCCAAGAAUUCAGGGUUGAGGGAUCAAAUCAGAGAGUUCUCAGUGGAGGGGAGCUCUACCUUAUCAGUAUGGGGAAUGGUGUCUCAGACUCUUGUUGGUAAUUGCCGUGAAGUCUUCAAGCGGAUUGGCACUUUUCAGUUUUUAUGCAAGCAUGAUUUGGAUGGGGCAUGCUCACCAGAUUCAGAUGCUGCGGAUGUAAAUAUUAAUGAUGUUUCUGGUUCAUUCGCGAAAUUUUGCUGUUUGUCUGGCCCUGUCGACAUCCCACGUGUGACUUGCAGUGAUACUGAGCUUGAGUCUUUGUGCAAUAUGCUGGCAAAAUGGUUAGACCAGGACAGGUUUGGACUAGAUUUGGAAUUUGUCCAGGAAAUCAUAGAACAGCUUCCUGGAGUUCAUGUCUGUUCAGGAUAUGAAUUUUUGAAAAAGAGAAGUUGCUAUUCAACAUCUCAUACUGUUGGAAGUGGGCUUCUUGCUAAAAGGAAGAAUGAAGCAAGAGGUGAGGAAGGAGAAAUUUUGGAUGGAUCAUGUAGGGAAUAUAAAAGAUCCAGGAAGUGCGAUGUGGUUCAAGGUCCUGAGACAAGUAACCACUGUCCACCUGGCAAACUUUUGAGCUCAAGGCUUCCUGCAGAGCUUGUUGGUGAUGUUCUUCAGGUAUGGGAGUUAUUGUGGCGUUUUCAUGAGAUUUUGGGUCUAAAGGAACCAUUAACGCUAGAUGAACUUGAGGAGGAACUUAUAAAUCCAUGGUUUGAUGGCUCUAAUUUUGUUGAGAACUUGGAAAAAGAAGUUCAAGAAUCUAGAGAACUAUCAUCCCACAAAAGUUAUGGUACAAGUGCCCAUCCCUUAUCUCCGAGCAAUGAAUCAGAUCAUAUGAUUCCUGUGGAAAACCCACAUGCAUUCAUUAAAAUGGAAACAGGAUCAAUGAAGGAAGCAGCCCAAGCCAGGCUAGCAUCCCGUACAUACAGCAGAUGCACUGGUGUAGCUUUGACUAAAGCUCAUAGCUCGCUUCUCAAGUUGCUUAUUGGUGAGCUGCUGUCCAAAAUUGCCCCUCUCAUAGAUCCUAAUUUUGAUGCUGGAGAGUCGAAACCAAGACGAGGAAGAAAGAAAGAUGUAGUGGAUACCUCAGGUCCUAUAAAAAAAAUGAAGAUUGAUAUGCUACCCACUAAUGAACUCACUUGGCCGGAAUUAGCUCGGAGAUACAUUUUAGCUGUCUCUUCAAUGGAUGCUAACCUGGACUCUUCGGAGAUAACUAGUCGGGAAGGUGCAAAAGUGUUUCGCUGCUUACAGGGUGAUGGUGGAGUGCUUUGUGGUUCACUCACUGGAGUAGCUGGAAUGGAAGCAGAUGCAUUGCUGCUUGCAGAGGCUACAAAACGCAUUUGUGGUUCUGUGAAGAGAGAAAAUGAUGUGUGGGCUAUGGACUGCAAAGAUUCUGAUGCAACACGUGCCACUGAAACAAUUUCUGUGAACGAUGGUAAUAUUCCUGAAUGGGCUCAGGCGCUGGAACCUGUGAAAAAGCUCCCUACAAACGUGGGAACCAGGAUUAGAAAGUGCAUCUAUGAUGCUUUGGAGAAAGGUCCUCCGGAGUGGGCAAAGAAGAUCUUGGAGCAUUCCAUCAGUAAAGAGGUUUACAAAGGGAAUGCAUCAGGUCCUACAAAGAAAGCUGUUAUCUCUGUGCUGGCAAACGUGUAUGGUAAGAAUCCACAGCAUAAACCUGGUAGGGGUAGAAAGGAAAGGAGAGUCAACAGCAUUUCGGAUAUGAUUAUGAAACAGUGUCGUAGUGUUCUACGUCGCGCUGCUUCUGAAGACGAUGAAAGAGUCUUCUGCAAUUUGCUUGGAACAACAUUAUUGAACUCUAAUGAUAACGAUGAUGAAGGUGUUCUUGGAUCUCCAGCUAUGGUAUCUCGUCCUUUGGAUUUCAGGACUAUUGAUUUGAGAUUGGCUGUUGGAGCUUAUGGUGGAUCACAUGAAGCUUUCCUUGAGGAUGUCCGUGAGGUUUGGCAAAAUAUUCACACUGCAUAUGGCGAUUGUCCUGAGUUGAUGCAGUUGGCUGGAAUAUUAUGCCAAAAUUUUGAGUCAUUAUAUGAAAAGGAGGUCCUCACGCUUGUCCAGAAAUGUGCAGAACUUGCUAAUGCUGAAUGUUUAAGUACAGAGGCAAAGAAAGAACUGGACGACAUUCUUCUAUGUGCAAAUGACAUUCCUAAAGCUCCUUGGGAUGAGGGAGUCUGUAAAGUAUGUGGCAUCGAUAAAGAUGAUGACAGUGUUCUGUUGUGUGAUACCUGUGAUUCGGAGUAUCACACUUAUUGCUUGAAUCCUCCACUUGCAAGGAUCCCUGAAGGAAAUUGGUAUUGUCCUUCGUGUGUUUCUGGUCAAUGUAACAUUCAAGAUUCAACAAAACCUGUUAUCAGCCGACACCGACGAAAGAGAUAUCAGGGAGAGGACACUCGCAUAUUGUCAGAGUCACUGAUCCAUUUGGCAGCAUCAAUGGGAGAAAGAGAGUAUUGGGAAUUAAGCAUAGAGGAGAGGACCUUCUUGCUAAAGUUCCUAUGUGAUGAGGCACUGAACACUGCUAUUAUUCGUGAGCACCUCGAACUAUGUGCUGAUUCGUCAGUUGAAUUGCAGCAAAAAUCACGGUCACAAGCUCUUGAACUGAGAAACCUAAAGUUCAGAGAAGAAAUGCUAACUGCAAGAGCUGCAAAGGGAAACACAAAAAUGCAUAAUGGAGUUGGAGAAACUGGAAGAGAUGAAGGGAUGGCCAAUAUGCUUACAAACAAUGGGAGAUGGAUGGGGCAGCAGCAUACUUUGAAUAGCAGGACCAACUAUUAUACAAACAGCUCUGCUAAUUUGUUGCGGCAAGAGGAUGGUAUGGAGGGGAGCGAAAUGAAUGAUCUCAACAAACAUCCAUUCUCUUCUCUUUCAAAAGACAUUUUGAAGAAACAUCAUGAUGGCAUUGGAUCUCAAAACAUGAAGCCCGCAGAUACUGAUGGCCAAACAAAGGAUGUACACUCUGCUAUGAUUGACAGUCCUUUUUCUCACAUGUUUUCUUGCAAAAAUGUAUCAAACACAAAGAAUCAGCAGCUUCCGUCAACUCCUCAGCUAGAGAAAGUAGAUGAUUUGGGCAAAGAGAACCAUAUUCAGAUUCUGAAUGGAAAACAUGAAUCAGAUACAGCAAAGAAUGAUCCCUUGCGACCUGCUUUUGAUGUUGUACAAGGACAUUGUCCAUCGUCAAAUACCAUGAGAAACCACCUGGCUGAACAUGUGCCUCCUAUUUCUCUGAACUCAGAUGAUGUCCUUGGCCAUAGUGGUGUUCAAUCUAAUUUGGAUGAUUCACCAGCCUACAACCUUGAAGUGAACUCCCUCAAAGAUGAGAUUAAAGUUUUGCAGGAUUCCAUUGCUGAUGUAGAAUCACAGUUUCUUAAGGUAUCUGUGCGGAGGGACUUUUUGGGUAGGGACUCUGCUGGUCAACUAUACUGGGUUUUAGCCUCACCAGGUAGAUGUCCUUGCUUGGUUGUUGAUAAAAAUGUGGCAGCACAGCAGAGAAAAAGAGCAGUCAAAAUGAAUGAGAACCUAGUUGUGAACAGUUCAACUUUUAGGUCUCUUCCAUUUGCCAGAGAUGUUUAUCAAAGUUCAAGAGGUUCCAAUGGUUCCAGACUAUAUGAGUAUGAAUCAAAUAAUGGCAUUCCUGGAUCCACCUCAUGGGUUUUCUAUGAAUCUGAUUCAGAAAUUCAAGAACUAAUUGGGUGGUUGAGUGCAAGUGUUCCAAGAGAGAGAGAUUUGAGGGAGUCCAUUUUACAGUGGCAGAGGCUGAGGUCUGUAGACCCUCAACAAGGUAAAAACCAUGUUGGGGAUGACUCUCACGUUGCUUUAUCGAAGCCCCUAGAUAGCGAGAAAAUUGUAUCUCCAGAUUGUCUCAUUACUCAGGCUGCUACCAUACUGGAGAAAAGAUAUGGUCCAUGCCUGGAGCCAGAAACCACUGACAUCCCCAAAAAACGGAGUAGGAAAGCAAAAGCAACUCAUGAAGAGAGAAUGUAUAGGUGUGAGUGUCUAGAACCCAUAUGGCCUUUCAAACACCAUUGCCCGUUGUGCCAUCAGACAUUUUGCACUAAUGAGGAACUUGAGAUGCAUAAUGAUGGAAAGUGCAAUUCGGGUGCAUCAGUUCCUGACAACAGCAAGGAAAAUAAUGAUCCCUUGAAAGGGAAAGGAAGGAUGAAGUCUGAAACCAUGCGGCAGGAGUACACCGAUGAAAUGGACAUGGUUGAAGGAUCAAAGAAUGGGAGGUUGGACAUUACUUCUAGGUUGAUCAAAUUUCAAAACAAGGGAAUAAUGUGCCCAUAUGGCAUUGAGGAGAUCAGUACCAAGUUUGUCACAAAAAGUUCCAAUAAGGAAUUGGUGAAAGAAAUUGGCCUUGUUGGUUCUAACGGUGUUCCUUCUUUUGUCUCAUCAAACUCUCCUUAUCUAAGUGACCCUACACUAAUGUUGGUUCCUACUCAAAAAGGUGAAGCUGAUCCAGUUGUUGGGGCUGCUGUGGAAAAGCAUCCACUAUUUUCUCUAGAAAAUAGUGUUGAAGUUAGCAAAAGCAAUGAUAUUAUUAUCAAUGGUUCACCUAAAACGUAUGCUCAUAAUGGCAAUGAUGAGAAUUCAUUAAAAUCUGGAAGAUCCACAGUAGAGUGUACAAUGGAUAGAGAUAAAGUUUCUUCCUCUAGUAACAAAACUCGGGAACUGGAUGUUGGUCCCUGCUGCAUAGUCCCUGAGUCUUCAUUGAGACCAUUGGUGGGCAAUGUUUCUCAGAUUGUAAGGCGGCUCAAGAUCAACUUACUUGAUAUGGAUGCUGCCCUCCCGGAGGAAGCAGUCAGAACGUCAAAAGGGGACUUCACAAAGAGAUGUUCCUGGCGUGCAUUUGUCAAAUCUGCAGAGUCAAUAUUUGAGAUGGUUCAAGCGACAACCAUAUUUGAGGAGAUGAUCAAGACGGAGUACUUGAGGAAUGGAUGGUGGUAUUGGUCAUCACUCUCAGCUGCAGCCAAGACCUCUACUGUCUCCUCCCUUGCCCUCCACAUAUAUACACUGGAUGCUGCCAUUGUAUACCAUAAGGCUCUACUAAAUUUGGAUCUGGUGGACAAUCCAAAGCCUAGCAGGAAGCCAGGCAAGAAAAGGAAAGAUGUAGAGGAUUAAUACAGAGAUCAUGCAUUCUAACUUUGGGAAUUCUCAUGUCAAAACUAAUCUCAGUGGCAGUGAGGUGACAGCUGGCUCCACCCCUGUAAAAUGUAAAUUGGUCCUCUCACCUCAAUGUUGGCAUGUGCUCUGUCAAAUUGAUAUUGAGGGGGGAAAAAUGGAAGUUGGGGAACGUUGCUCAUGCAGUUAUACUGCCACCUCUUUUUGUAUAUAUAGAUCAUUCUGACUUGCUAACAUGGAUGUCGGAUUUAGAGGGAAAGCCCAUUAAAUUAUAUGGAAAGUUGGUGGGGAAAGAGUAUUAUGAGAAAGAAGGCUUCAGAUGUCAAACUAUAGCUCCCACUGUGGGGAUGCUCUGAAAUUGUUCAGUUCCGGGGAGAGAAAAGGCAAUUUCCUCACAAAAGCAAGAUCCACAUCCACAUACAAAGGUACCAAUGUAAAAAAGAAGAUGAAGAAGAGCAGGUGUAGUUGAAUAUAUUUCAUUCUUUAAA